GGGGUGAAAAUGGGGGGUUAGGGGGGAUUGAGGGGAUGCCUGACACCGCCACCCACAGAGGGGACAAGUCAGGGUUCCCCUAAAUUAAUUUGGGGUAAAUUUGGGUUUUUUUGGUGCUCCCAGACAGAAUGGAGCUGGCACUGGGAGUCAGAUUUGGGUUUUUUGGGGCGAUUUUUCCAUUUCUGACCCAAAAUCCCGGGGAUUUUUGGGGUGCCUGACCCCACCUCAAAAAAAAAAAGACAAAUUAGGGUUUCCCUAAAUUAAUUUAGGAUAAACUUGGGGUUUCUUGGUGCUCCCAGGCAGGAUGGAGGUGACACUGGUGGAUUGGAUUUGGGCUGUUUUGGGGCAAUUUUUCCAUUUCUGACCCCAAAUCCUGGGAAUUUUCAGGAUGCCUGACCCCACCUCCUAAAAAAAAGACAAAUUAAGUUUCACCCAAAUUAAUUUGGGAUAAAUGUGUUGUUUUUUGGCAUCCCAGGCAGGAUGGAGGUGACGCUGGGGGGGUCAGAUUUGGGUUUUUUUGGGGCGAUUUUGCCGUUUUUGCCCCCGAAUCUCGGGGAUUUUUACCUCCCUGACCCCAAACCCCGGGGAUUUUCGGGGUGCCCAACCCCGGCUCCCCCUGAGGAAACAUUUUGGGGUGAAUUUGUUGUUUUUUGGCGUCCCAGGCAGGAUGGAGGUGACGCUGGGCACGGCGGCGCUGGCGCUGGCGCUGCUGCUGCUGCCGCUGCUGUACGAGCGCUGCGGCUCCUUCCGCUUCUUCUGCAAGAUGGGUUUCUACAACGGCUGGAUCCUGCUGCUGGCCCUGCUGGCCAUCCCCCUGUGCGCCCUGCGGGGCAGGGACGUGGAGAACAUGAAGUUUCAGGGUGGCUAUGGGCAGAUCGGGGUCGCUAUGGGGCAGUUCGGGGUCGCUAUGGGGCAGCCCCACGGCCGCUCUGCCCCCCAGGUGCACGUGUGGGUGUUCCCCGAGGGCAGUUAUGGGGGGGCUAUGGGGCAGUUCAGGGUCGCUAUGGGGCAGCUAUGGGUGCGCGUGUGGGUGUUCCCCGAGGGGACGCGCAACCACAGCGGCUCCAUGCUGCCCUUCAAGCGCGGCGCCUUCCACCUGGCCGUGCAGGCCCAGGUGCCCGUGGUGCCCAUCGUGAUCUCGUCCUACCAACACUUCUACAGCAAACGGGAGCGGCGCUUCACCCCCGGGCACUGCGUGAUCCAGGUGCUGCCCCCGCUGCCCACGCGGGGCCUGGGCGCGGCCGAGGUGCCGGCGCUGACCGAGCGCGUCCGCGCCGCCAUGCUGGCCGCCUUCGAGCGGCUGUCGGCCGAGCUGCGGCCGGAGAGUGACCGCGGGAGUGACCACCCCAGUGACCACCACAGUGACCACCCCAGUGACCACCAGAGUGACCACCACAGUGACCACCCCAGUGACCACCUGAGUGACCACCAGAGUGACCACCCCAGUGACCACCCCAGUGACCACCCGAGUGACCACCUGAGUGACCACCAGAGUGACCACCUGAGUGACCACCAGAGUGACCGUGGGAGUGACCACCCGAGUGACCACCCCAGUGACCACCUGAGUGACCGCGGGAGUGACCGCCAGAGUGACCACCACAGCGACCACCACAGUGACCACCACAGCGACCACCUGAGUGACCAGCGGAGUGACCGCUGGAGUGACCACCACAGCGACCACCACAGUGACCACCUGAGUGACCAGCGGAGUGACCGCCAGAGUGACCACCACAGCAACCACCCCAGUGACCACCUGAGUGACCGCCGGAGUGACCGCUGGAGUGACCAACAGAGUAACCACCAGAGUGACUGCCCGAGUGACCGCGGGAGUGACCACCAGAGUGACCCAUGGAGUGAUUCUACAGCCAUGAGUGACCACUGGAGUGACAAGCAGAGUGACCACUGGAGUGACCCCACGGCCACCAGUGACCGCCAGAGUGACCCCCAGAGUGACCCCACGGCCAUGAGUGACCAGAGGAGUAACCACUGGAAUGACCCCCAGAGUGACCCCCAGAGUGACCACCGGAAUGACCCCACAGCUACGAGUGACCACCAGAGUGACCCCUGGAGUGACCCCCAAGUGUGGCCACAACUGACCCCCAAGUGGGGCUCGAAGUGACCCCCAAGUGUGGCCUGGACUUGACCCCUAAAUGGGGCCCAGAGUGACCCCCAAGUGUGGCCACAACUGACCCCCAAGUGUGGCCCGGAGUGACCCCCAAGUGCAGCCACAAGUGACCCCCAAAUGUGGCCUGGACUGACCCCCAAGUGGGGCCACAAUUGACCCCCAAGUGUGGCCCGGACUGACCCCCAAAUGUGGCCCGGACUGACCCCCAAGUGUGGCCCAGAGUGACCCCCGAGUGUGGCCACAAUUGACCCCCAAGUGGUCCCGGCCUGACCCCCAAGUGUGGCCCGGAGUGACCCCCAAGUAUGGCCCGGACUGACCCCCAAGUGCAGCCACAACUGACCCCCAAAUGUGGCCCGGCCUGACCCCCAAGUGGUCCCGGCCUGACCCCCAAGUGUGGCCACAAUUGACCCCCAAAUGUGGCCUGGACUGACCCCCAAAUGUGGCCCGGCCUGACCCCCAAGUGUGGCCCGGACUGACCCCCAAAU